AUGAUAUCUGUUUCCCUCAGGGUUGGAGGUGAGAAGGUGCUCCUGCUGUCUGCAGCGGCCUGGGGGGCGAUGACAGCCUUCACGCCUGUCCUGGCCCACUUCUGCUCUCAGCCUAUCUUCUCCAUGACGCUGGCCCGCUUCCUGAUGGGGCUGCUGCAAGGUGUGCACUACCCGUCUCUGGCCAGCCUGUGUUCUCAGAAGGUGGUGGAGAGUGAGAGAGGAUUCCUCAUGAGCACUGUGGGCAGUGGCUCCUAUCUGGGGACACUGGUGAUUGGGGGGGCUGGUUCCCUCAUGUUGGACCUGUAUGGUUGGGAGAGUGUGUUCUAUGUGUCUGGCCUGCUCUCUGUCCUCUGGGCAUACUGCAUGUGGAAAUACCUGCUCAAAGGGGAAGGACCUAUCAUCACAUUGGAGUCGCUGGGUAGUGGAGGGCCCCAGUCCAAACUGUCCAGGAGACACUGGCUACGCCUCUUCAAACAACCUGCUGUCUGUGCUGUGAUUAUUACGCACCUUUGCACUGCAAGCACCUUCUUCACAUUGUUGUCAUGGCUACCAACUUACUUCAAGGACACCUUCCCUGACGCCAAGGGUUGGGUGUUUAACGUUAUCCCAUGGUUUGUUGCCAUCCCCUCGUCACUCUUCAGUGGCUGUCUCUCUGACCACCUUAUCAGCCAAGGGUUUGACACUGCUACUGUGAGGAAGCUUAUGCAGUUCUUCUCCAUGGGUGUUUCCAGUGUGUUUACCCUCCUGCUGUGUGGCACAACCACCUUCCCCACAGCUGUGGCCUUUGUCUCUGUCACCAUGGGCCUCACCACCUUCAGCCACAGCGGUGUGUCUGUGAAUGUUCAGGACCUGGCUCCGUCAUGUGCUGGGGCUCUGUUUGGUGUUAUGAAUACCUGUGGAGCAUUCUCAGGUGUGCUGAUGGUGUAUUUCUCGGGGUAUCUGAUUGAGGCCACAGGGUCAUGGGCAUCUGUCUUCGCCCUUAUCACUGUGGUGAACCUGGUGGGACUGGUCACCUUCCUGGCCUUCGCUGAGGCUCGCCGGGUCGACAUCGACUCUUCCAAGGGUCGCUACCACAACAUCCACAUCUGAGUCCCAACGUUGAGAUGAGGGACCAGGGCUUGCUACCACAACAACCACCUAUUUAACCGAGGGGCCGAAACGGGACAAGGACCCACACUAUCCACAUCUGAGUCCCUAAAACAGGACCAGAAACCAUGCCCAUGUACCACAGAAUGCACACUGGAGACUUAAAUAUAGAAAGAGAACAGGGAGAGUCUUGGUCUGUUAAAGGUAUCAAAACAUCCACAUCAGAAUUUGAGGAAGUGACAACAGAAGUGAAAGUCAACCCUAGAUGUUUGUCAGAUCGUAGUCAGUGUUCCCCUAUAUUAAUUUAAUACAUUCUUAAUUGUUUCUCUCUCUCUCUCUCGAUUAUAUAUACAGUUGAAGUCGGAAGUUUACAUACACUUAGG